UAGGGGGAGUGGGGUUGAGAGAGGCAGCAAGGAGGUUGCUUGUGGUCUGCAGUCAGACUUUCCUCCCACUGAGCUGGCAGCUUGUCCGUCCAUCCAUCCAGCUAUUUCAGCAGCAGGGAUGAGGCCGGCCAGAAAAGAGGCUUGUCUCAAGGAGGGAUCGCGAGUGCUGGUGUCAGGGGAGUCGGCCUGACAAACAGAAGGUGGCGACAGGAAGCGGUGGCUGCUGGGAAUUGAUGGAGACCUUUGUUGUGGUGCUCUAGCAUGCUUGCUCGCGCUCACCCGGGAUUCCGCCCUUCACCAACACACGCGCAUUUCACGCAGUCCUUAGAAAUCGGAGAUUGGCAAUUAUCGAAAUAAAAAACAAGUCUGGAUUUCCCUUUGGUUUGUUGGGUCCAACCGCUCUCUCGUUCCCCCACCCCACCACCACCCCGACUAGUUAACUAGUUCCACCUCUUGCCAGGCAGCCCCAGUCGAUGGUCUGGACGCCAUCCCGGUGAAGCUACACCCGUCAACAAGUGGGGACUGGAGAGAGAAGUGGGGCCAUGACGCAGGUACGGGUUGCAGAUGGCGCGGGACAGUCGCUGCGGUUCCUGGAAGUCCGAGGAUUCAUGUACCCAGACUUCCCCAUUGAGUCCAUUCGGGGUGUCCCCCAACUAGCCAUACACGCUGAUGACGUCAUUAUUUGUGCGUACCCGAAAUCCGGUACCCAUUGGCUGUGGGAGAUCGCACGACACCUGGUGGCUGUUGGCUGCCAGAGAGACUCAAGUCACGAAGCAAACCAGCCUCGCAGCAGUCUUGACCACCUGCCCGCUUUACCUGUCCGAGAGAAAGACGACGGCAUGCUGGAGAUGAUGGACCACUCACAGCUGGACCAUCACCCGUCGCCGCGCGUGCUCAACACCCACGUCCACUUCCACCAGCUCCCUCGCCAGGUGUUGUCAAGCGGGUGUCGGGUGGUGCUGCUCACCCGGGACCCUCGUGACGUAGCGGUGUCGUACUACAACCACCAUCGCAAGCUGAGCGACUUGUACGACUACCACGGGGACUGGUCGCACUACCUCCCACUCUUUCUCGACGGCAAACUCGAUUAUGGCAGCUGGUUCGAGUAUUAUGCCUCGUGGUACCAAGGCCUGCGUGAAAAUCCUGACCUCAAGGUUUUACAGCUGACCUAUGAGGACAUGAAACAGGAUUCCUGUGGUGGCAUCAAGAAACUGGCCACCUUCCUGGACAUCAACUGCUGUAGCGAGACGCUGCGUCUUAUAGACCACGUCUGUAGUUUCGACAGCAUGCGACAGACCAAAGGUCACAUGGAGGUGGACACGGCCGGCCAGCCGAUCAUGUACCGCAAAGGCAACGUGGGCGACUGGCAGGAAUGGUUCACCGUCAGUCAGGCGGAGACAUUUGCUCGAGUCUAUCGCCAGAACAUCAGUCGCUGGAAUCUCACAGCCUCUCCAGCGGCUCAGUACAUCGCCAGUGUAGACCAUCAGUAAGCACACACAGUAUGGACCAUCAGUAAGAACGCAAAAUGUGGACCAUUAACAGUAUGGACCAUCAGUAAGCACAUGCACACAGUCUGUACCAUCAGUAAUCAUGAACAACAUGGACUGUCAGUAAGAAUAUAAAGUGUGGACCACCAACGUCAGGUUAUCGUCAAAUCACAUAUUUCUGUACAUCGCAGCUCAGGCCACCUUUUGUCACACUUUAUCUUCUCCACUCUUGAUGGAGAGCUCGCAACACUCGCUGACCGAACACGCUAGGAAUUAAGAAUGUCUCAUUAUAUUUUCUUCUCGUCCCAUCACCUUUAAGGAGGGGGGGGACUGUCCCAGUACAGUUUCCCCCCGAUACACGUGGAUAAUGUAUCUGUCAUGCUAUUUGAUCUACAUGUCUACAGUUCAUAUUAUUUAUGUUUAUGUAUAUUGAACUUUAAGUGACAAUUGUGUACUUGGGAGGAAAUUUACUUCUCAGAGAAAUGACCUGCACAUGGACUUAGUAGUAUAUGGACGGAACUGUAGUAUAGAGUAUGUAAUAAACUCCU